GGGCGAAGGGAGGCUCCUCUUGUCUGAGUUUGGAGCUCCUCGUUGAAUAGACUGCAGAGAAAAAAUUCCAGCAACUUUAAACCUCUGCGGGAAUCUGAGUUAGCUGGACGAACGUGGAAUGAGAAGCAAAGUGUAUAUCUGAAGUCGGCGGAACAGGCGGGAGGAUUUGCACAAAGGAAAUUGUGUAUUCGAGUAAACAAGGGAGGAAAGGAAGGGAAAUAAGAAGAAAAUUUGAAAAAAAAGUUUCUGGACUUGGACAAAAAAAAUGUCAGUUUUGUGGAAGUUUGCAGGGACCGGAAAGGGUUGGAUGGAUUUUUCUACGAUGUGAAUUUGAAAUGAAUCCAGAAACAGCGAUUUAAACUCCGGAAAACUUUUUGUUCAUUAUUACUUGUGUUUUUGUAAACUUUGUUUAAUUACUUGGAUUUUUGCCUUUCCAUCAAUCGUGGAAGAUAUUUCCCCCCUAACAAGGUCUAUAAUACUUAGGAUUCUAUUCUACUUGAAAAGAUUUUAACAUUUUUAGAGGAGGAAGAAGAUACAUUAGGUGACUUGCCACCCCUCUUAAUCUCGUUUAAUCUUGGAUAGAGUUCAACCCCCCCGUUACUGAAGGCGGGGUGGGGGAGCGGAGGUGGAAAUCACUGGAAAAACUGACAUUUCAGGGUUCCUUGUCCUAACCCGGUAGUUUGAUCACAUUCUGGAUCAUAUCAACCUUUAAGAAGAAAAACGAUAAAUUAUUUCAAACACAUCUCCGCUUCCCUGAAAGAGUAUUUAUUUUUUUUUAAAAAGGCUCUGGUUAUUACGACUUGACCAACAACGCCUUGUUUUUUUUUCCAAAAGCGAUAUAAAAUCUAAUUUUGUGAAUCCGCAUCGAGUGUGGUGGAAUUCGCCUGGUUUAGGAUUGCAGCAUGCUGAGCUUGGAUACAAAGACGCACAGCCUUACAUUUUUCACACACUGCUCCCUAUCUCUUCCUGUUAUUUCCACCAUCUGAAAGCUUUUUAAUUAUUUUCGAACCCAUUCAUUCCCCUCCUCCUCCGCCUCCUCCUUGUUUGAAGGACCUACCGUUCUCUGAGGGGAUUUGCUGCAGUGUUUCUCUCUCCCUGUCUAUUAUACAUAUAUGAUAGCCUUUUCUCUUCAUGGUCAGUUUCCGUCUUGAUUGCGUGGUUUCCAUUUCCAUCCGAACGUUCUCAUUCUUCUGGACUGAUUGAAAAGAGGGGGAAAAAUCGCCAGCAACAAGAUUAGCUUACUGCGGCUGCAAUUUCUUUUAGCGGAAGAAUAAAACGUUUCUACACGAACAGUCAUGACAUCGCCUGCUAAAUUCAAGAAGGACAAGGAAAUUAUUACCGAGUACGAAACACAAGUCAAGGAAAUCCGAGCCCAGCUUCUGGAACAACUGAAAUGCUUGGACCAGCAGUCAGAGGCCAGGGUCCAGCUGCUUCAGGACCUGCAAGACUUCUUCCGGAAAAAAUCGGAGAUUGAGAUGGACUACUCGAGGAACCUAGAGAAAUUAGCUGAGCGGUUCAUGGCCAAAACUAGGAGCACAAAGGAUCACCUGCAGUUCAAGAAGGACCAGAACAUUCUGUCUCCUGUGAACUGUUGGUAUUUGCUGCUGAACCAGGUCAGGAGGGAGAGCAAGGACCACACCACGUUGAGUGAUAUCUACUUGACCAACAUUAUUCCUCGCUUUUCACAAAUCAGCGAUGACUCUGUCCGCCUCUUCAAAAAGAGUAAAGAGGUUGGUGUUCAACUACAUGAAGAUUUGAUGAAAGUCCUGAAUGAGCUGUACACGGUUAUGAAAACUUAUCACAUGUACAAUGCUGACAGCAUCAGUGCAGAGGGCAAGCUGAAAGAAGCAGAGAAGCAGGAAGAGAAACAGAUUGGUAGAUCUGUGAAGCAGGAGGACCGGAUAACAGGUCGUUCACCAGAUCCAGUGGCCAACAUCCGAUUUGAGGAAAAGCACCAGAGGCGCAGCUCGGUCCGAAAGAUCGAGAAAAUGAAGGAGAAGCGUCAGGCGAAGUAUACUGAGAACAAACUCAAAGCGAUCAAGGCACGAAAUGAGUACGUUCUGGCGCUGGAGGCUACAAACAGCUCCGUCUUUAAGUACUAUAUCCACGAUCUGUCCGACCUACUUGAUUGUUGUGACCUCGGGUAUCAUGCCAGUCUGAACCGAGCAAUGAGGACAUUUCUCUCAGCGGAGUUUAAUGUUGAGCAAUCCAAGCACGAAGGGUUGGAUAUCAUUGAAAACGCCAUUGACAACCUAGAUGCUACCAAUGACAAACAGCGUCUUAUGGAACUGUACCACACUGUGUUCUGCUUGCCACCAAAGUUCGAUUUCCAGCCACACAUGGGUGACAUGGUUUCUCACCUGUGCGCUCAGCAGCCAGUGCAGGGAGAACUGGUGCAGCGGUGCCAACAGCUCCAGUCCAGGUUAGCCACUCUGAAGAUUGAGAAUGAGGAGGUGAAGAAGACCAUGGAAGCCACACUACAAACAAUUCAGGACAUUGUCACCAUUGAAGACUUUGAUGUGGGUGACUGCUUCCAGUACACAAACUCCACAGAGUCAGUCAAAUCCACUCUUUCAGAAACCUUCAUGAGCAAACCCAGCAUUGCCAAGAGGCGAGCCAAUCAGCAAGAGACAGAGCAGUUCUACUUCACGAAACUGAAAGAGUAUUUUGAAGGCAGAAACCUGAUCACCAAACUGCAAGCAAAACAUGACCUUCUGCAAAAGACUUUGGGAGAAAGUCAGAGAACAGAUUGUUCCAUUGCCAGCGGGCGGCGGAACUCCAGUGUGAGGAAACAGGAUGGAAGCCACAUCAUUCCCCUGGUGGUGGAGAGUUGCAUCCGUUUUAUCAGCAGGCACGGACUGCAGCAUGAGGGAAUUUUCCGUGUAUCCGGAUCACAAAUUGAAGUUAACGAUAUCAAAAAUGCUUUUGAAAGAGGUGAGGACCCCUUGGCAGGAGAUCAGAAUGACCAUGACAUGGACUCGAUAGCAGGAGUGCUAAAACUAUAUUUUAGAGGCCUGGACAGCCCACUCUUCCCCAAAGAAAUUUUCCAUGACCUGAUGUCCUGUGUCACUAUCGAAAACCUUGAAGAGAGAGCUCUUCAAAUCCGCAAAGUCCUUCUGACUUUACCAAAACCCACCAUCAUCAUUAUGCGCUAUCUCUUUGGUUUCCUCAGUCACUUAUCGCAGUUCAGUGAGGAAAACAUGAUGGAUCCGUACAACCUGGCUAUCUGCUUUGGGCCCACCCUCAUGUCCGUGCCUGAGGGCCAUGAUCAAGUAUCCUGCCAAUCUCAUAUCAAUGAACUGAUAAAGUCCAUCAUUCUACACCAUGACACCAUUCUCCCAGGACAAAAGGAGCUGGAAGGGCCUGUGUAUGACAAGGGGCUGACAGGAGAGGAUUACUGUGAGAGUCCUCACGGGGACCCUGCCUCUGCUGAAGAUGUUGUGCAGGAUGCUGGUACAGAAGCACACACCAGUGAAGAUGAAGGUGAGCCGAUAGAAGCCAUUGCAAAGUUUGAUUACACUGGACGCACAGCCCGGGAGCUCUCCUUUAAGAAGGGCGCGAGUCUACUGCUCUAUCAGAGAGCUUCAGAGGACUGGUGGGAGGGCCGACACAAUGGAAUAGAUGGACUUGUCCCACAUCAAUACAUUGUUGUCCAAGACACUGAUGAUGCAUUCUCUGACCGCCUGAGCCCGAAAGGAGAUAUUGAGCCCAGCAGUGCCCCACCGCUGGAGGAACGACCCCUGUCGAAGACCAGCAUUGGUUCACCAACCGGACAUGUUGCCGACAUUUACUUAGCAAACCUUAGCAGGCAGAAGAAGAAACAGGAAUCCGGGAGUAUCCGGCGGUCAUUCCGAACCACUGACAGUCACAGUCUCACUGGACUGGCUUCCUCACCCACAGAUGGUGCGCCCCAAGGCUCUGCCAGUCCCAAGGGCUCUCCACAAGUAACCCAAAUCAGUUCCAAGGAAACGCCAGAGAAGCGGCCCGUUGUGACACACGGCAGCCUGAACUCAAUCAACCGCCGGCCCUCGGCAAACAGGGCAGACAGUCCACAGAUCCGUAAGGUGGUGGCAGCAGGAAGGUCCAAAAGCUUCAGUAACCACAAGCCACUGGACCCAGAGUCUAUUGCGCAGGAUAUUGAGGCCACGAUGAACUCGGCCCUUAAUGAGUUGCGUGAGUUGGAGCGCCAGAGUACAGUGAAGCACGCCCCCGAUGUGGUCCUAGAUACUCUAGAGCCCAUGAAGACUCCUCCGUCAAUGGGCCCCACAUCCGAGCCUUCCAGCCCACUCCAUUCCCGGAUUUUGAAGGACUGUGAGUCUUCUCUGCAGCGGAGUGCCAGUUCGUCUGGGGACAUGCCGUGCACCUUCAGGCCCGUUAAGUCCGUGAAAAUAGCAGCUCAGGUGAAACCUCCAGCACUGAGGCCAAAACCAGUGGUCUUUCCAAAGACAAAUCCUAGCACUCCCAGCCUUGGAUCCCCAACAACACAGCAAGCAACCGACAAGUCUUGCACUGUGUGAGACCCUCUGCAUAGGCUCAGGAAGAAAAAGUGAGUGCCAUUUGAGUGUUCAUAAGAGGGGAGAAGGAACCAAAAUAGCGCCUUCAAUCAAGGUUAAGCUCAAGAAAUGGUCUUGCUUUGAAGCAGGAUUUGGUCCAGUUGUGCCAAUCAAUCCUGUCUCCUGAUGAAUUUUAGAUCUUCCUUUGACAUCUCAUCAAACCAGCAAAGCCAGUAUGCUUCAGUGUGCUGUUUCAACCUUUGCAACAUAACUGGAAACCAAUAUAAUGCAAAAUUAAUUCAGCCCUUGCAAACCAAAUAGAUUUAUGCAUUGAUUUGUUCUCCAUCUGUCUUCCCGCCUUUCUCUCUCAAAUCCACGCAUCCUACGCCUUUGCCAGUUUUCUCAGCAGAUUUGGUGGUUAUUCUGUGCCGUCCACAUUUGGUUAACGAAGGAAGAACAGCAAUUGAAUUGUUUGUUGCCUUGAAAACAAUGAACGAAAACUUUUGUUGAAUCUUCAUGACUGUUACGGUAACUCGGGUAUUUUGUUGGGGCCCUCUGUUUGCCUCAGAAAUUUACCACCAAAAAAAAAGACGAAUUGAACAAGUGGGUUAUGCAACACCAUCAGCUCUUUUAAGAAGAAAUUAUAAUCAAGACUUGCUGUGUCAUUACUUUUUAAAUUUUAUUUUUGAAAGCUGAGUACAUUUGUAGUACCAAACUAAGCAAGGCUUGUCCACUCGUGUGUGUAGGGAGCAAGGCCUUGUUAAAGGCCUCGGAGCUUAGCGCAAGAAAAAAACAAUUAAUUUUUAAAUUUUUUUAUUGGACUUUAUUGUGAACAGUUCAUUGUAAAUGGUGAAUUAUAUUUUGACAGAUUCAUUGUAUUUGAAAACUGGAAACGUUUUGUAGGGUAGUAAAUUUUAAAAAAAUAUAUAAUAUUUUUAGGGGAGAGACUCCCAGUCAACCUCAGAUGCUGUCCUGUGAAAUUCCACAGCAAUCUACAACUGGCAUUUGUUAUCAAAUCUCUCACCCAUGAUUUCUUUGUGAUCAGAAAAAUCUUUAAAUUAAUUUUGUUUCUUCAUAACUCCAAUUUUUUUUGUCUGUGAAAUGCCCCAGCCAAUGUAAAUUGUAAACGUACUCGGUGUUUUACUAACCUCUGAAGGAGUAAUGUUAUUUUACCAGGGUCUGAUUGAGAAGCAGCAUUCAAACUAUUGUGAGAUUCAGGCACCACCCAGUUGUCAGAGUGAGCCAAGCAGGCCAGAAGCACCCUCUCUCCUACUCCCCCCCCCCCCCCACCCCCAACACUGCCCAGUCAGAGCUGCGUUAAUUGAUCUCAGGAACUGCACUUGGGCACAGGGCCCUGAAAGAGAGUAACACCGUCCAAAGCUUCCUACUCAAUCUCCAGCCAUCGACACUAUUCUCACCUCAUCAAAAUGCAUUGAAAAGCAAAAUAUGCAGCUACUGUAAAUCUGCAAACUAAAUAGUAAAUAAUUUGUGGAGGGGGAGAGCAAAAGAAUUAACAUCCCAGGCUGAUAGUACCUGGUCAAAAAGGUAUUUUCUGCUUUGAUUUUAGGAAAUGCAUGUCAAAUGAGAACAGGGUCAGACUAGGCAUGAUGCGCCCCACCCCCCAAUGGUAGGAAGGCUUGUGUCUGCUCAUUAUCCAGGCCCCUAAUUCAAUGACGACCAUUUGCAUUCAUAUGGCGCCUUUAAUGCAGGACAACAUGCCAAGGUGUUCACUGGGAAAUACUCAAACAAAGUUUUUGGAACUCCACAAAGGGAUAUCAGAACAGCUGACCAGAAGCUUAGUCAAAGAUAGAUUUUAAUCGUCACAAAAGAAGAGAGAGGGGUGAAGAGGUUUAGGAAAUAAAUUCCAGAGCUUAGGACCUCGGCAGCUGAAGCUUCAGCUGCCAGAGCUGGAGUGAUUAAAUAUGGGGAUAGAGGAGACUGAAUGGAGUGCAGAUAAUUCUAAUUAAAAUAUCGGAAAGUCUCUGGAAUUUCAUUCUUUGACACAAGUCGGAAGUUUGAAUGAAGGCAUUCCUGUCCGGAAAGGUCCAAGCUGAGCUAAACCCUUGCGUCUGCAACAGACGCGCCCAGCAGCGUAGUCGUCCUCAGUGGCCAGGUUAGGUUAACCUGCCGAAUCUGACUUGCCAGUAAAUGGGAAGUGGGAAUAGCCGGGUGAUCCCCAUCCUGAGAUUUGACAGCACGGAGCUGAACUCUGUGCCUCACUUCCUGCCACAGAAUGCCUUAGUUUCUUGGUUUGGAGAUGUUGAGUGGGGCUAAGAUCUGUGUGGGUGAAAGAUGUAUUCUGCGGUCACACAGCAUUCCAUACGUCAGUCAGUUUUAUCCUCGCUGUCCCUUCCCACCCCCACAAUAAAAUAAAUGACACGGGAUGACCAUUUUAGCUGCGUGCUAUCCAAACAGCCAGGUCUUCCGUUUCCACAGCACUGAAGUUUGUUUGGUAGUCAGCCUGCUAAAAUCUCAGCCAGUCCACAAAAUAAAAUAGAGCAAUGAAACCAACCAAAAGUACACGGCAUGGUUUUGAUUGCAGUGGUGAGAGAGAGAGAGAGAGAACUUAAUGUAUAUUUAAAUGCAUUUUUAACCAGUGGCUUCUUGCAGGGAUGAAGCGAGGCCUCAUUUACGGUAGAAACCAGUGAAUCCUGCCCGAUCUCAGGUGAGGAGGAAGAUGGCGUGGUGAGGCUUUGGGUGCUUAUUCUUUGCACCGAGGCUAGUCAUGAGAAGGGUAGUGUAGAAAGUCAGGCUGAUCACAGUGAGUUCACUUUCCCUAUUUUAAAAGUUCUUCAAGGACCCAUUUGUAUGAUUCUCGGGGCUGAAGGGUUCUGGCGAGGAACGGGGAAGCUGUUUAUAAUCAGUCCUUUAAUAAGUUCUGCAGCUACACGCAAAGUUCACCAAGCAAAAAUUUUUUUCCUUUGGGAUGAUGGUGAAUAUUGGUAGGCUGGGUUGAGGCGUUUGAUGUUGGGGCGUUCGCCGAGCUUGGCGAUUAACCUGCAGACGUUUCAUCACCAGUCGAGGCAGCAUCCUCAGUGCGCAGUUGUAGGUGUUUCUCUCUGGGAGUGCUCGCGUUUACGUAGGCCCCUGUUCACUCUCCUCAGUCCUGACUGGCUGCCCCUUCAGUUGACAUUUAAAUUCUAUUGGCUCCCGUUUCGUUGGCUCUUAGACAUUUGUUCUGUGGCAAUUUGAAUCCAGUCACUCAGGACACAUCUCAACAAGCUGGUCAAAGCAGCAAGGCCUUUUGAAUCUCCGUUCUCAACAACUGCAUAUACCCCACCACGUGGACCCAAGCUCUACGAACUGGGGUAGAUCACCAGAUGUGACCUCCAGCCUACACUUGAGUUGAUAACCCUCGGCAAAGGGAUGGAGGAGCACUGGGAUUGGCCUUCGAUGUCAUUCACCCAUCGGGUCUCCUGGUGCUAACUGCUUUACAGCAGCUUCUGCUGGGUUAGUUUGGUUUGAAAUAACGACUCCAUCAAGGUCAAGUACAAGGCUAAGUGACAGAAGAAUGGGUCAUCAUUGUCAAACGUCAGAGCUAAAGAAUGGUCAUAAUCUGGAAUAAAUCACUGACCUGGGGGAGAAGUAUGGGUGCACCAUGUACACCAGUAAUGUUUGUCUUGAAAUCCCAUCUUCCCCAGGAGCUUCAGUGCCAGUGUCACUCACUAUCAUUAUUAUGGGCCACUGUGGUUGAGCAGUUAAUACCCAAUGGUAUGAAAUCAGACCACUGCAUAAGUAAGACUGUAAUAAUUAAUUGUACAGAAUAUCUGUGUAUAUGUAACUACACAUCAGUGACUGUAAGGUACAGCAUUUUCUGGUACAGUACUGUGCAGAAUAGUAGAUGUUAGUCAAUGAACAAUAAAUCUCAUAUUAGUCUCCA